UUCGAGGAGCGGAAAGUUGGCAUGAACCACCAAGGUGGGUCCUAUUUAAACAAGACAGCCGUGCUGUCUCAUCAUGGCGCUUUACAUUUGACUCAGCUUGCUUUGGGAUGUACUGUCAUCUCCCUGGUGGCUCACAUUGCUGGGUAUAGUGGCAUCUAUGGGACUUACUGCAUGGUAGCAUGGUGCAUUUGCUUUGCUCUGUCUGCCUCCAUAUUCGCCCUAGAUGUCACACGUCUCAACUUGUGUAUUCAGGUAUCCUGGGAGAACCUCACAGUAACCCUGGCAGCAUUGGCUGCUUUGCUUUACCUCACAGCGUCCAUCGUGUACCCAGCUGUCUUUGUACGUUCAGAUUGUCCCUAUAAAGACUGCGAGGUGAGGAACUUCCGAAUUGCUGUCACUGUCUGCUCCUGGGUGGCGUGUCUGGCAUAUGUUGCAGAGGUCUACCUAUCCCGAGCCAAACCUGGACACAGCUACAUGUCCACCUCCUCUGGGAUCCUAAAAGUCAUCCAGGCUUAUGCAGGGUGUGGCAUUUUCAUCAAUCUUGCUAAUGGGACUGAGUUCUGGCACCACGGAGCAACUGUGUACUGUGUAGUGGUGUUUGUGUUGUGUUUCACAGUUACAGUACUGGUGGUGGGACUGAAUGUGUGCAAACGCACCACCUUUAUGCACCUCCCUCUCGACCGCUUUGUGGCACUCUAUUCGUUUGCAGCGGUGGUGCUGUACAUGAGUGCCGCUGUGAUAUGGCCUGUCUUCUGCUUUGACAAGAAGUAUGGAGCACCGCUCAGACCACAGGGCUGCCCAGGAGGGAAGUGUGCAUGGGAUAGCCAGCUCAUUGUGACUGUGUUCUGCUUUUUGAACCUGGGGUUGUACAUCGCCGACCUUUGCUGCUCCCAGAGAAGACGCCAGGUGACACGGCAACCGCGCGUGUAG